UUAAUUUCUCCGGAGAAUCGGCUUAUGCCGAGUUUUUGAUGCUUCAUACUGAACCGGAGUAAGCGCGCCGGGCGAGCAGCACGUGCCGUUUUGCUUUCCCGAACAACGAGACUCACCCACCUUUCGGCGCCGUCCGUGAGGAAGAUCCCGGGAGAGUUGGGGUUGGCUUCCAUGGAGUUCAGACCUCGGGACUACGCCGCCGAAGAAGGAGCCUACUCCCUGCCCCGCGUCACCGUCGAGACUCAUCCUCUCUCUCCCCUCCCUUGUCCUUCCUCGCACCACCAGGUUAAUAUAGUGGAUCAUGAGGAUGACGUUUUCUUUGACCCACUAAGAGCACCAGAUGCUAAUUCUAUGGAAGAUGUACAAGAUGCCGAGGGUGCUGCUGCUGCAGGAUUUUCUAGUAGCACUUCCCUGGAACCUGAAUCAAAAGAGUGGACUUCUUUUAAGAGAUUCUUAAUGCAGAGGUUUUCUGUUACCAAAAUGGUUUCAAUUUCUUCGAUAUCUGAUGCAAUUGUCAAAAGUGGCAAGGCAUUGGAAAAAUUGUCAAUAAAUGUGCAUUCAGAAGAAUUGGAUGAUCCGCAAAAAAAUGUUGAAGAGGGCAUCAAAGUCAUCACUCGCCAAGAGUACAUCUCGCGAUUGCAUGAGCUUAAAGAUGAAAUUACACACGCUUGGCAUGCUGAUGAUCGCGUUACAUCUUUGAAAUUGUCCAUCAAGGUUGCUAAGCUGCUUAUGGACACAUCGGUUUUACAAUUUUAUCCUGCACUAUUUGUUCUAGUUGUGGAUAUAAUGGAUAUGCUUGGAGAUAUGGUGUGGGAGCGCAUAAGGCAGAAAGCUGAAUUUGCUGAAGAUGGAACCAAAAUCUGCCCAUUAGCAGAAAACUUUGUGGCAGGUGAUAUUUGUUUUGAUGCAAAAGAAACUUGUACAAACUGGUUCUACAAGAUUGGUUCCAUCAGAGAGCUUCUUCCUCGAAUUUAUUUGGAGCUGGCUAUAUUGCCUUGCUGGCGUUUCUUGCUUGAUCGACCCAUUGAGAGUCUCCAGCGCUUGGUUCUGAUGACAAGAGGGUUAGCUGAUCCAUUGGCAUCUGCCUAUUGCAGGCUCUAUAUGGUCCAUCGUGCACAGAAAUUGCCUCUUUAUGACACAGAAUAUCUGGUUGCAUGCACUAAUGACAUCAAACUUCUAUUGCUGCGAGCUAUAUCAGCAAAAGAUACGACUCACGGAAAAUUUUCAGAAAAGAAGAGGUUGUUAAUCAAUCUGAUGGAACCAGCUGUUGAAUAUAUCAUGAAAUGCUUAUUUAAGGAUGCAUAUCAGAGGCAAACAGGCAAUGUACUUGUGGAACUUGGACUUGGGAAGAAUCAGUCAGAGUUGUUUGGGGAUUUUCCUUGUGUCUCCAUUGUUCUUCAUCAUCUACUUAAGGAACUUCCAACUGACAUUGUCUGUUCUAAUGCUUUGAAGAUUCUUCAUCUCAUUGAGCGCAGUGAUGAUUGCUCCUUUGAUCAGUCUUUGAAUUACAGGUUACUUGGGUUCAAGCUGUGUGAAAGUAGAUAUCAAAUGGACAGAGUCAGUGAAGUUGUGGAUAAAGUCAUGGAGGUUGUUUCUCAAUAUGAUAGCCUUGAUGAUUACCUGAAGGUUGUGGAUGCUUAUGUUGACAUAAUUCUUCAAAAUAAGACGGAUAAUGAUCUGGACACUAUUUUAGAAGGUAUUUCAAAGCGAGCAUGUGAGAGGGGGAUUUCUGAAAAUGAAUUAGGAGGCUUGCAAUCCAUUUUUCUGAAGGUUCUUUCUCAUUUUACGGAUGUAGAAGAUGUCUUUGCUUUGAAUCACUUUGUUGAGAUCUUGGAUGCAAUGCAUGGGAGCUCAAGGAGUAUUGUUAAUCUGCAUAUCCUUAACAUGGCGACAAGGGCUGGUUAUAUUCGUGAUCCUACAACCAUACAUUUGCUUUUUGAAAUUUCCCAGUCACUGCAUGAUAGUAUAGAUUUUUCAAGUGUGAAAGACGACAAUAAUCAACAAUCAGCUCGCCUAAUUUCUCGUUUUGUCCAUAUGGUUGACUAUGGGGAAGAGUUGGAACGCCAUUUGACAUUUUUAGUUGAAUGUCGUGGAGCUUUUGGUACCAUAAAUGAGCUUAAGGAGACUCUCAUUCACUCCAGCAAUUGUUUGGCAGUUAAAGCUAUCAAGGACACUAAAAAACAUCUCAAUUUUGUCAAAGCUUGUGUUGCAUUUAGUGAAGUUACAAUACCUUCAAUUUCGGGUUGUAUUAAGCAGUUAAAUCUUUAUCUUGAGACUGCGGAGGUUGCCUUGUUGAGUGGCUUAAUUUCUCAUUCAAAUGGACUUAUAGAUUCAGCAAUUUGCUGUUUACAAUCUUUGGACCUGAUGGAUGGCAGAAUUGAUGUUGAUGGUCUUCUCUCCCUAAUACGAAAAUUGUGCAGUUGUUUGGUUAUGGUUCCAGGUAAUCCCAAUCAAGGAAUCUCCCACUUUCCUAAAUGCAUAGUGUCCCUCAUUAGUUCCCAAUCAUGGAUAACACCUAAAAUGAGGACAGAGAUAUUGUGUGCAAUUGUUUCAUUGUUAGCAACACUAUCUCAAAAUAAGCUCCCAUACCAUUCAAACAACAGAGAGUUUCUAGGAAAUCACCUAUUCUUUGAUGAUUUAUUCCACGCACAAGAACUUGGAUCGCUGUCUGAGUUUGUUCUUCACAACCUUGUGGAUGCUAUUCAACAAGAGACUUACCAGGCUGCUCGUGGAGUUAUGGCACUUGAAGCUUGCAAUUGCAUUGUUUCAUCUGUGAAAAUGGGUCCUAAAAUAUCUCCAAUCUUGUCCAGACUCCUUGAAACUGCGAAGCUGUGUUUGAAUGCUAACGACAGGUUUCUGCUGUCCACCUUGAAGGUUUUAGAUGAACACUUCCCAAUCUCCCCAGGAGCUGCCUCCUCAAUCGCCAUUGCUUCGAUAUGAUGGACAUGCAUGGUCUGCAUUGAUGGGAAAAUUGUGACUUUAGCUGUAGUCCUUUGAUUUUCUCACAACGUAGUGGGAUCUAAGUUUUCGUAGUUACAAUUAGCAAUGCAUAUGAGAAAUGAUGGUUAACUUGAUCAUGUUUUGGAGGACUAUGUAUAGCUUGUCAAAUAUAUUCCUUACAAACGAGGAAUUUCUUUUUUUCUUUUUGAACCCGUAAACAUGUGAUUUAAGAUUAACGCAAACUUGAAAAUGGUGCUUAAAAUAAUCAAUCAACGCAAUUGAAUUAAUCUCCAAUGUGAAUGCAGGGAGAUUGUCUUUUUCCUUUUU